UUUGUGUUUAUCUCUCUCUCUCUCUCUCUCUCUCUCUGAUGUUGAUGUUAUUGAAAUUGGAACUCUUCCACUUAACUUGGAGUUGUUUGUUUUUUCUUCAUUGAGCUUUUUGCGAGAUCUUGAAAUUGAGAUUUUUUUUUUUUCAUCGUUUCUGAAUCUUACAAGAAGAUGUCUUGGGUUCGAUUCACGAUUGAGCAAAAAGAUGGCAACUUUGCAUACCCACCACCGUUUUACAAAGACCCAAUUCUUUCUCCGCCGUCUCCUCCUCCUCCGCCACCGUCGUCCGGUAACAGAAUCAGUCCGGCGGUUCUCUUUGUAAUUGUGAUUCUAGCUGUCUUGUUCUUCAUCUCUGGGCUUCUUCAUUUGCUCGUUAGGUUUCUCAUAAAGCAUCCUUCUGCUACUGCUUCUUCAAGGUCUAAUAGAUUCCCUGAGAUCUCAACUAGUGAUGCUCUUCAAAGACAGCUUCAACAGCUUUUUCAUUUGAAUGAUUCUGGUCUUGAUCAAGCUUUUAUCGACGCUUUACCUGUUUUUCACUACAAAGAGAUUGUUGCUAGUGGUGGUGGUGCUCAAGAGCCAUUUGAUUGCGCGGUUUGUCUCUGUGAGUUCUCUGAGAAAGAUAAGCUGAGAUUGUUACCAACGUGUAGCCAUGCGUUUCAUUUGAACUGUAUUGAUACUUGGCUUCAGUCGAAUUCUACUUGUCCUCUUUGCCGUGGCACUCUCUUUUCCCCUGGUUUCUCUAUGGAGAACCCGAUGUUUGAUUUCGAUGAUAUAAGGGAAGAUGAAGAG